AGCACUGGUGAACAGAGCAGAAAGAAGGUUGUUUUUUGUAUGAUACCUGCGGCUCAAGUGAAGAUUUGUUGGAGGUGACUGUUUCCAUUGACUGUACUGGACUACUCUUCAGAACUCAACAUCAGGCCGAUAUUUUGGGAAUGCAAUUAGCUGAUUGACGAAGCUUGUACAUUACAACACUUUUUUUUUUUUUUAUUAAAUCAAUCUGGUGGAACUGAGACUGAAGUAUCAUUUGACACGCCUCUUGGAUAUUUUGUCUCUUGGAUACGAGAUCAUUCAGAUUCAACAUUGUGAGAAUGCCUGUGAUUGUAUUGGAGGCCAAAGACUUCACAAGUCCUCUUUUCUUGGUGCGGACAUGGGAAGUCUUAUCCGGUUGCACCACCUUCAGCCUUGUGGCCUCGCUGGAACCUUCAGAGUUAAACAAAAAUUCAUCCAACCACCAACACCUCCACACAUUGAGGAUUUUCUGCAUGUUUUCCUGGUGCUUCUUCUUCACACUUACACUCCUUAUCCACAUUCUCAGCAUCAUCCAGUUUCACAGCCUUAUCCCAAUAUCCUGGAAGAACCUGACUAUGACAGCGGCAGUUUUAGGGGCACUGAUGUGUCUUAGUGCCUCUGUGGUUUUCCCUUGGAUCGUCAUGGAUCAUCAACGGGCAACGCCGCGCCUGGUGGCGGCUGUUGUGGCCUCCUGCAUCACCUUCCUUGGCUACACCUCAGAGUCCUACGUUCUUCGCACCCAAGCCCAAGAACAAAGAGGCUACAUGGGCAGCAUGCCUGGUCUCCUGAAGAUACUCCAAGUCUGGGGAGGUUGUCAUAUGAUACCCCUGGUUGUGGAGAUCUGUGGACUCCCUACUUUUACACACAGUUGGCAGCUGUGGGUCUCCGGCGUGUCAUACGGUGUCUGUGUCCUCAUGUCUCUAGUCACACUUGUGGUAAUAUUAGGAGACUUUGCUGGGCGAUGUUUUCUACCUUUUGACAAGUUAUUGGCUGGCUUCAGUCUGAUUGGGGUGUUGCUCUUCAUGGUGGCCACAGUGAUUUCUUUUAUGAAGAUACUGCAUCUGAGAGACCUCGGAGAAAGAAUCCCCAACAAAAGUGCAGAACUGGUCAUCAUGGAAACAGUGGUUGCCAGUAUUACACUGUUGGCUUAUACAGUGGACCUUGCCUUCUCCAUCAAACUGUUGUGUGACAGGAGUCACACAUGAAUUAAUACAUUAAAUGUAUUGCAUGUGAAGUUCAUCAUAGUCCUGAAAUGUUUAGGAGAAAAUUGUGUCUCUGGUAAGUGUGUGUAAAAGUCAAACUGAGUGGAUGUUUUAAUCAUUGUUGUGUACUCAAAUUAAUCAAAUGUAUGAAACUGAUCCCAUAAUAUAAUUUAACUGACAUGUGAAAGAGUUAUGUGACUUUUAUGGUGCAGUUAACUGACCCACUCACUGUACAUCGACUAAACCUGGGUUAUGUGACAGGUACAAUAACCCAUAAGGACACAACAUAUUUUAUUAUACUUCCUGGUAUAUAGUGGCAGCUGAACAGCAGUCACCACUGAUGCUUAAAAUAAAAGCUGUUGACUGUGGACAUUUAAAAGUUGUUUUUCUUCAAAACUGAAAAGUGACACCAGAAGGCACAGACUAAGCAGAUUAGACACACGUUAAACCCCACAAAACAAGCUUUACAUUAGCCUCAAUUUAAUGAGAACAGUUGCAAUUCACUAACACUGGGUGGCAACACUGCAUCAGCAUGUACGCCCAUUUAAAUCACAGGGCUGGACUUAAAGAGGAACUUAAACGUUUAAACGGCAGAAAUACAUUUGUCUCAACAAUGUUUUUAUUGUGAGGGUUUUUAAUUAAUUAAUCGAUUUGCCUAUAGGCUAUAGACUUAGAAAAAAACUAUUCAUUUAACAAGGGCCAGCAAUCUCGUUUAAUUAUGAGAUCCUCUAAAUUUUAUAAUUGCUUAACCGUUUUGUAUUGUUCUUGUUUCCUGCAUUGAUAAGCCAGAAAGCACUGUGCAACAUUUUAAUAGCUUGUUUACAUUUCACACAGUUUUUUACCUUCUCACAUCUGCCUCAUCUGCUCUAGGCCUGGAAAGACGCUCUGUCGACCAAUCGAUUGGCAACUGACCCGCACAGCGAGCCAGUUAUCCCACCGCUCGGUCUCGAUUACUCUGGCCUUGAUAGACUGCUGCGUGCGUGUUUCCUUUAAGGAACUGAGUCCAGUCAGCUAGUCAGUUGUCAACAGGCUGAGGGAGAAAACGAGUCGUUGAUGCAACUUGGUACGUUAACGGUGCCGUGUUGAGAAAAGCCUCAUUUUGGAAGUUCAUUUGGUUCGUUGUUUCCAGAUAAAAAUGAAAUCCCCUCGACACGGAGCCCCCUGAGCAUCAUGGACAUGUGAAACAUGACUCUGCAGUAGGCAGAUGCAAGUCCCAGGCACCGAGGAUACAAGACUGACUCAGUGUGACUGCAAUGACUAGCCAGCAUCCCAGCCAUGCAGAGAGCGCUCACUCCAAAGAAAAACAGCCACCUGCCUCUUCCCCCAAGCUCCAUGUCCAGCGUUCGCCAUCAAAGGACACCAUCACCAUCCACUUCUCAGCUCUUGGGAAGGAGGAGGAAGAGGAGGAGGAGGAGGAAGAAGAAGAGCUGUAUUGGACAAGUGUCCCCACUACCUCAGCUGAUCAGGAUGACUCAAACAUUGUGACGGCCUUAGAAGUAAGUGAGGAGAUGUUUGAAGACGUGUCCUCGACAUCUGCAGCCAAGGAUGCAUCCAGACUUUCUCCGGUUUCUAGACAUCGCACUAACCGUUCGUCAUCUCAAAAUGCUGAGCAAAAAGGCUCAACGUCUAACUCCUCUCCCACUAAAUCUUUGAGCUUUCCCUCCAGUGACAAACCCUUCCUCAGCUUGCUGAAGUCUCUCUCAUUUGACAUCGAGUCUCGGGAUGGGAUCCCUGCUGUUGCUGCUCCAACAGUAAGGCACAGGCACCUGAUGAAGAGUCUUGUCAAAUCUCUAUCUUCAGAUACAUCCCAGGACUCGUCCUCUUCCUCCACACCCUACCGUCUUCCAGAAUCCCGCCUCAACCUGCAACUCUUCAAGCAAUUCACACAGUCCAGGAUGCCGUCUGCUACCACGUCAUCAGCCGGCGAUUCUAAAACCGCCCCUUCCUCUCCGUUAACUUCACAAGAUAGCCGCAGCUUCUUCAAAGUCUCAGAGGUUGAGGCAAGGAUUGAAGACACUAAGCGGCGUUUCUCUGAGGCCAUCUCCGAGCCGCUCCAACUGCUGAGUAAGAUGAUAGAUGAAAAGAGUGGCAGCAGUAUUUACCGGCCCAAGUCCCUCUCUGCAAGUGCCUCAGAACUCUCCAACAUUACUUCUGUCAAUGGUCACCUGGAAAGCAACAACAAUUACUGCAUCAAGGAGGAAGAAGGAGGUGACCUAGAGGCCUCCAGCCCCAACAGCAGGGCUUCUGGUACCGCUGAGUCACCCGUUAUCCCCUCUGUUGACACUAAGACCCCCAACAAAUCUUUACUUUCCAUGUCAUUAGACAAAUGCUCUAUGUCCGCUCUUGCUAAACAAGAGUAUGACGACUUUUGCAUCCUGUACAGUGAGGACUUUGAGACUUGUACUGACACAGAUGGCGAUGGUGGGAAUAGAACUGAUGAUACUGGAACUGGGAGUCAAACUAAAGUGCCACUAAGUGGUAGUACGGAACCAUUCAGUGAAGAUGAAUCAGAGAGUAUAGAGCCAGCACCUAGUAUUCCACACUAUACUCUUAUCAUCCUUACUGUUCUGGUCUAUGGGUAUUUUGUUUUACCUCUACCGAGUUACAUCGGAGGAAUGCUGCUUGGGAUUGGACUGGGAUUUCUUUUAGCCAUUGGUGUUGUGUGGCUGACAGGACCAAAACCUUCUGGCAGUACUUUUAGACAGUCCAGACAACAUGGGAAGCUGUGGAAUCUGACCAGGUUGGACAUUAAGGAACCAGAAAUCCAUAAGGGCUGGAUGAAUGAUAUAUCGAACUAUGACCCAGAGACGUACCAUGCCACACUGACACACUCUGUGUAUGUCCGGUUGGAGGGCUCCAUCAUUCGUUUGAGUAAACCCAACCAUAAUGUCGCUCGCCGUGCCACACACAAUGAAACAAAAGCCGAAGUUACCUACAUCAGUCAGAAGAUCUAUGACCUCACCAACUGCAAAGUAUAUCUAGCGCCUCAGAGCCUGGCCAGGAAACGUGUGUGGAAUAAAAAAUACCCCAUAUGCAUUGAACUUGGCAAACAGGAUGACUUCAUGUCAAAGGCCGAGGGGGACCGGUGGGAGGCCAGUGAGAGCUUUAACACGAGGGAACGAGGAGAGGGGACAGGAGGAGGACAGGAGCGAGGGUGGUCGUCUUCGUCCAGUAGAGACCUGACCCUCUAUCUGUUUGGAAGGACUGGGAGGGAGAAGGAGGAAUGGUUCCAGCGGUUUCUAUCAGCUUCCAAGCUAAAGGCGGACUUGAGGAAAGCUUCAAGUUCUGCUGGGACUAAGACUGCUCUGAGCUCUCACAGUCGCAGCAGCAGCCGUGGCAGUCUGGAUGAGGCGCUGGCAUCUCAGCCCAGAUCAAAGGAUGCCUCAGUGCCAGCAGGCAGUGCCAAAACCAAAUCGCUAUUAGACUACAAUGUAUACAUGGCCUCCUUACUGCCAAAACAGGCGGUAGUCAGCCCUGCAGCUGCCAGCCCUGCUCUUCAGAGUCCUCAGAGUAGCCCCGGGGCUGAUAAGAAGCUUCAAACCACAACUCCAGCUCAGGUACAACCCAGGGUUGAAGAGGAGGAGGAGGAGGAGGAGGAGGAGGAGAAGGAUACUGUUGCCUGGGUUAAUGCUGCUCUUGGCCGGGUCUUCUGGGACUUCUUGGGCGAGCCCUACUGGGCUGAACUGGUCUCCAAGAAGAUUCAGAUGAAACUCAGCAAGAUACGGUUGCCUUACUUCAUGAAUGAGCUAACCCUGACAGAACUGGACAUGGGCUCGGCCACUCCCAGAAUCCUUGGGGCAUCCAAACCCUCCAUUGACUACAGAGGUCUGUGGUUUGACCUGGAGAUUUCCUACAGUGGCUCCUUUCUGAUGACCCUGGAAACCAAGAUGAACCUCAUUCGUCUGGGCAAGGAGGGAGAAAGUGUCCGCUUUGGGGAAUUUGGCAAAGACGGAUACAGGCCACGGACUUACUGCCUGGCUGAUAGUGAUGAAGAGUCGUCCAGCGCAGGCUCAUCCGAUGAGGAAGAUGCCUCAGAUCUCUCAAAUGAUUCGGCUGGAGCAGAGGGUUUCGUUGGAGGCCACAAACCCAGCAAGAUCAUGCGCUUCGUGGACAAGAUCACCAAGUCCAAAUACUUCCAGAAGGCCACAGAAACAGAGUUCAUCAAAAAGAAGAUGGAGGAAGUGUCUAACACACCGCUCCUGCUUACAGUGGAGGUGCAGGAACUCAGAGGAAUGCUGGCUGUCAACAUACCGCCUCCACCCACUGACAGGAUAUGGUAUGGCUUCAGGAAACCGCCUCACCUGGAACUGAAAGCGCGACCUAAACUGGGGGAAAGAGAAGUGACUCUGGCUCACGUUACAGACUGGAUCGAGAAAAAACUGGACCAGGAAUUCCAGGUAUUGAGGAACACUACAUUUUGAUUUUUAGACACUUGAACACCGAUGACAGGGUUAGGGAUAGAAAAAUUUAAAAGUUUGCCAAAGUUGAAGUCGCCAUGUGAUUCCCUGCAUCCAUUCCAUUGAAAUUAAUUGCAUUUGACCUGAAAUGCUGUCAUAUUUUCAAAUUAUAUUCAACUCCUAGAUCAAAGUAGCGUUAUUAGUGUAAGGAUGGCCUCUGAGCGAGGCCAACGGAAAACCACGGUUUUGUACCGCCGGCUCAUGCUACCAUAGUUUUGGAACGAGAGGAGUGAGCAGCGGGGUAUUCAGUUGGUUUCAAUCUGCGACAUCACCACUAGAUGCGGCCAAAUCCUACGCACUGUCCCUUUUUAAACAGUUGCACAUAACCUACUGGUAUUUAUUAUGUGCUCACUAUUUGUGGUUCAAAUUCUAAGACAUCCCAUGUGUUACGAAUAGUAAAAAUUGAAAGACCACCCACUGUCCUUCCGUCAUUCACUCUCCUCUUUUAGAAAAUCUUUGUAAUGCCAAACAUGGACGAUGUAUGGUUGACUGUCAUGCAUUCUGCAAUGGACCCACGCACAGCCGGCGGACCCUUAG